ACGGGGAGCGGAGAUGGAGGUGGGAGGGGCCAGGCGCGGCUGACGUCAGCAGCUGUGUGGAGGAGUAUAGGCUGUGCUGUCAGCCCAGUGUCAGUCUGAUGAAGAUUGGCAUGCAGAAUCUGUAUCGAGAGUUGGAUAGAGGGCAACGGAGCAUAGAGCAACCCUGAAAGCUGCUUGUUGCUGUGGGGAAAGUCAACUUCUAAGUGUGAAGCUAUCCCAUGAUGCAACAUGCGUCUCCAGCACCUGCAGUGACAAUGAUGGCCACCCAGAGCGUUCCUCCACCAUCGUACCCGGAGAGCCAACAGAUGACGGGCACCACUCAGCAAAACCCCAAGACCCCACAGGUCCAUAUCCCAGCAGCCUCUGCAACAGGAAAUACCUCUGUCAGCGUGACCCUUGACCCCCAGGCCCAGCUUGAGUCUGACAAGAGGGCCGUUUACAGACAUCCACUAUUCCCCCUGCUGGCGUUGUUGUUUGAGAAAUGCGAGCAGGCCACACAGGGAUCUGAAUGCAUCACGUCAGCCAGCUUUGAUGUGGACAUAGAGAACUUUGUGCAUCAGCAGGAGAGAGAACAUAAGCCCUUCUUCAGUGAGGAUCCAGAGCUGGACAACUUGAUGGUAAAGGCAAUUCAAGUGUUGCGAAUCCACCUUUUAGAAUUAGAGAAGGUCAAUGAGCUCUGUAAAGAUUUCUGCAACCGUUACAUCACCUGCCUCAAAACCAAGAUGCACAGUGACAACCUCCUCCGCAACGACCUGGGAGGACCUUAUUCCCCGUCUCAUACAAGUCUCAACAUGCAGCAGGAACUAAUUCAGACCUCCUCUCCAUCCAUGACCUCUGUCUCCAGCUCUGUUAAUCCUUCAGGGAUAUUGGUGCCCGCUGGGGGUCUGCAACAGGGCAAUGUUGCCAUGACUACCAUCAACUCUCAAGUGGUAUCGGGUGGGACCCUGUACCAGCCGGUUGCCAUGGUGACAUCGCAAGGGCAAGUGUUAACGCAGGCGCUGCCAACAGGAACUAUCCAGAUCCAGAACUCACAGGUCAACUUGGACCUGUCGUCCCUGUUGGACAGCGAAGACAAGAAGUCCAAGAAUAAGAGGGGGGUCCUGCCAAAACACGCAACAAACAUCAUGCGCUCCUGGCUCUUUCAACAUCUCAUGCACCCAUACCCAACAGAAGAUGAGAAAAGGCAGAUCGCAGCACAAACUAAUCUAACGCUUUUACAAGUGAACAACUGGUUCAUCAAUGCUCGCCGGCGUAUCCUUCAACCAAUGUUGGACGCCAGUAACCCGGACCCGGCUCCUAAAGCCAAGAAAAUGAAGUCCCAGCACCGUCCGACACAGCGAUUCUGGCCCGACUCCAUUGUGGCUGGAGUACUGCAGACGCACAGAUCAGGAAACAACUCAGACAACCCGCUGAGUAUGGACAGCCUUCAGUCACUGUCUUCGGACUCGGCCACCCUGGCCAUGCAACAGGCCAUGCUAGGAGCCGACGACUCCAUGGACGGCACUGAGGAGGAGGAGGAGGAGGAGGAAGAGGAAGAUGAGGAGGAGGAGGGGAUGGAGGAGGAAAAUGACAGAGGGAGGCUAAUAUCUGGCAGGGGGGUAGGAAGAGAAGGGAGAGAUCUGUGCAUGGAGCACAAGGAGGAACUUGGCAUUUUGGCCCUGUUUCUUAUCACUGGGCAGGAGUUCAAAAUGUCAAUCGCCCAGGCGGCGGCCAAGGCCAUACUAUCUGAUGCCCUGCUGCAGGGCAGCCCAGGGCUAACCCAGAUCAGCCACCUGGAGCUGGAGCUUCCUUUAGACAAGGUCAUCAAGUAUGUGUCCGUCGGCCUUCCCCUGAUGUUGGUGACCAUGGCCUUUGCUCGUGAGAUCUCCCUGGGCCCACAGAUCAGCUGCUUUCCUCCCAGCAACUUCUCCAUCAAGCAGGCCAGCUACAUCGACACAUACUGCUGGGACUCUCUCAUGCAUCAUGAGUUUGACAGCAAUGGGAACUUUGAGGAGCGCUCGCUCUGGGUACACAAAAUGUUCCCUUACUCUCUUCUGGCCAUGGCGGUGUUGAUGUACCUCCCAGCUCUAAUAUGGCGCCAGCUUGUCAUGCCCACGCUGGGUUCCGACCUGCUCUUCAUAAUUGACGAACUGGAUAAGUCGUACAACCGCUCAAUCCGAAUGGCCCAGAGCAUUCUCGACAUGCGGCAGAACACUAAGAACCCCCUCACAUUUCAGGCUGAACUGCAGAGGGCCAGGAAGAAGAAAUACUUUGAGUACCCUCUUCUUGAGAGAUACAUGCAGUGCAAGCAAAACUCAUAUUUCCUCGUCAGCAUGCUUUUCUUGCGGGGCUUCCUCCUCCUGACCUUCAUGACAGCUGCCUGUCUCUACCUGGCCUACUUCCAUCUGUCUGCCUUCCUGCAGGACGAGUUUAGCUGCUUUGUCCGCACCGGCAUGCUGCGUGAUCAGAAUUGGGUUCCUGAACUGGUUCAGUGCAAAAUGAUUGGCCAGUUGGUUUUUCAGGUGAUAAGUGUGGCAAACGGUGCAAUCUACGUCCUGUUGGCUCCUAUUGUCCUCUUCAGCUUGAUUCGUCUCUUUGUCUGGGACACCACCUUUUUCUCUGUUUACGAGGUCCUCCCAGCACUCAACAUCAUCCAUCACCGUAGACUCGGCUGCCCAUUGAAUGACCUCAAUGUCCUCUUGCUCUUCCUCCAUGCCAACGUAGCUCACCUGAUGUCCUAUGGGAAGGUGAGGGCACUGUGCUCAUUAGCGCCCCCACAGGUUGGCAAUGCUACCGCAGCACAGGGAUUGAGUGCGAUGCUUACCCAAGAGGAAAUGGAAGAGCGUGAGGAGGCUGCGAUGGAGCUGUCAGAGGAAGUGGAGGAGGCCAAGGAGGAGGGAAAGCUCAACUUAGUGGAUAUCAUGACUAUUCUUGGAGCGGCGCAGGGAAGAGUGGUAAACUGCAGCGAGAAGAGGCCAUUGGUGGAGGAGAAUUUGAGUCUUGGUACUGUAACACUCAUCUACUCACUAAAACGCUUUCUGCUUGUAGCUAUUUUUACCUACAUAAUCUGGGAUGUACAGAAAAUGAUUUAGCGAUCAUCAAACUACAGAUACCAUCUUUGAUAAUAAAUAGAAAGUGCUUUGUAUUCAAGAUAACAUAAGCAGUUCUCUCUG